CGGGAGCUGUCGGUAACGGCCGCCGCCACCCCCUGAGGUGGCCCCGCCAUGAGCGGUGGCGCCCGGCGCUGCGGCAGUGCCGGGGCCGCGCUCCUCAGCCCGCCGCCCUCCUCGGGAGAGGAGCCCCUCAGCCCCUCCGCAGGCUCCCCGCUCUCCCUCGAGUCUCGCCCCAGCUCCCCGGGCUGUGAGGAUGAGGAGGAGAAGGAGGAGGAGCGGGUGGCGGCCUCCCGGAGCCCGCCCGGCGAUAGGGGUGCUGAAAAUACUGAAAUAGCAGGGGGACAACAAGUGUCACCUUUGAAAGAUAACCUUUCACCAUGGGAGGAGUGGUUCAUUGGCAAAGAGAAGGAGCWGCGUGCCCGCCUGCAAGCUCGAGCUGCGGAGGAAAUGAAUAUGCAGCUUGAGAAAAUGAAGCAAAAUCAAGAAUAUGAAAGAAGAAAAAGGUUAGCUGAAGAGAAACAUAAGGAAUGGGUCCAAAAAAAAAGACAAGAGGAAAGAAGAGAAAGGAAACGAAAGCUGAGCAAAGAAAUGGCAGAAAAAGCUACAAGGGAACUGGAAAAAAUGCAGUUGCAAGAAAAGGCUGAAGUAAAGUUUAAAGAAUGGUUACAGAAGAAGAGAGCUGAAGAGGCAGAAAAGAAGAAAAAAGAGAAGGAAAAAGAAAAAGAACGCGAAGCUGAGCUACAGGACAAGAGAGCAAAAUCAGAGAAAAUCUUCAAGGAAUGGCUGCAAAAUGCUAGAAAUAAACCUCAACCUGCUUUAAAUGGACGUGGUUUCCCACAUGGGAAGUCUACAGGGAUUGCUGAUAGAAAUUUGUAUCCAGCUCCAGCAUAUUGUAACCCCAUUCCUUGGAAACCCAUACAUGUGCCUCCCACAAAGGAAGACAGAGUUCUUACAGUGAAGAAGAGUAAGAGACCUGUGUCYUGUCAGCCUCCUGCAUCUUUAUCCAUGGGGAUUUCAAAGCCAAAGAGCAGCCCUUGUAUUGGAUCCCUCUGCAGAAAGAAGUUAUAGCUCAGAAAAAAUAUUCUUAUGAUCUUGAGCAAACUGGGCUGUAAGUGUGAAGUUCUAUGUAGUUGUAUGUCCAAAGCAGAUUUMUUUCUGCCUGGGCUUUUUAUUCCUGUUUUUGUGAGCUGGUUUUGUAUUUACUGCUAAUUGACCAAUCAGGCUUUUGAUGUUUUUCUAUCUUGUAUUUUAGUUAAAMAAAAAAAAGAGAAAAAAAAAUUGUAACAGGAYUGUACCUCAAUACCAAUAAAAUGCACAGAAUUGUUUCUUCCUUCCUUUUCUCUCUUUUUGUCAAAGGAGUUUUUUGGGGUUUUUUUGUAUAUUUAAUUAUUCUUUUAGGCAUUUAUUACUAGGUUAUUUUAAAGAUUCCAAUUUCAAAAUUUUGUUAUUAAUGGUGAAAAGGAAAAAGCAGAAAUAAAGACUUCUUUUUCCUGUUACAGUUGUAUUACUUUGAGAAAUACCUUGUUAUUCUUUUAAAGUUACAGUAUUAAAAAGUAUAUUGCAUACUAUAA